GAAGGAGGGGGGAAAGGUGGGAGAAGGGAAAAGUGGGAUUGUUGGCCAGGGUGAGUCUCAGAGUCUCCUUUCUUAGAGGUUUCCCUACAUGGACCUUAAUCAUAAGGAAUGAAACUGACCACAAACGUCUUUUUUUUGUUGCCGUCGCUGGAAGCAAACAUGAAAUAUGGCUCUCCUGAGAAAAAUUAAUCGGGUCCUCCUGGUGCUGCUGGUGCUGAUGGUGUGUCUCCUAUUACACAACACUGUGCUCAGAGCCUCCACCCAGACCAGACUCUCGGAUCACAGGCAGAGGCUUGGCGGUGCGGUUUCCCCGGUGAGAGAGUCAGAGGAGGAGGAGGAUGUCAUCCCGGUCGUCAUAUGUGCGUCAGAGGAGCGUAUGGGUGCAACCAUGGCGACCAUCAACAGCAUCAUCAGCAACACAGAUGCUGGUGUUUUCUUCUACAUUGUCACCCUUCGCGAUGCGGUCAAACUCACAAGGAGGUAUAUAGAAAAGACAAAACUCAAAGGCAUCAAGUAUAAGAUAUUAGAAUUUAACCCAAUGGUUCUAAAGGGAAAGGUGAAGCCAGAUUCAUCCCGACCUGACCUCUUACAUCCACUGAACUUUGUGCGCUUUUUCCUGCCUCUGCUUGACAUCAACCACGGGAGGGUGAUAUACUUGGACGAUGAUGUCAUUGUGCAGGGUGACAUCAAGGAACUGUUUAAUAUCAACCUGAAACCAGGACAUGCUGCUGCUUUCGCCACAGACUGUGACCUGCCCUCCACGCACGAGAUGGUGCGCAGUAUCGGCAUGCAGACAACCUACAUGGGCUUUCUGGACUACAGGAAACAGGAAGUUAAAGACCUGGGCAUCAACCCCAGCGAGUGCUCUUUCAACCCUGGAGUGUUUGUGGCAGAUGUCAAAGAGUGGAAGAAACAGAAGAUCACCAAACAGCUGGAGAAAUGGAUGGAAGAAAAUUUCAGGCAGAACAUUUACAGCAGCGCCGUUGCAGGAGGUGUGGCAACUCCACCCAUGCUAAUAGUCUUCCAUGAAAAAUACACAAUACUGGACCCUCUAUGGAACGUCAGACACAUGGGCUGGAGUCCUGAUGCCCGUUAUUCCGAAAGCUUCCUACAAGAGGCACACCUGUUGCACUGGAACGGUCCAUUCAAACCAUGGACUUACCCUGCUGUUCACUUGGAGCUGUGGGAGAGGUGGUUUGUCCCAGAUCCCUCUGGAAGGUUCACUUUGGCACGACCUGAUAGCAACAGCUAAGGCCUUCAGAUUACACCAUGUUGGGGGACACGGAGGAAGGUCAAGACUUGGGCAAUGAUGGAAGGAGGUUGUAGUAGAAAGUGUACUGUACAUUGGAUGUAAUGCUGAAGAAUGUUCAGCAAGAGAAAUCUCAGUCUAGCGUAGUAUGACGCUCUGCACGCUAAACACAAAAUGUGACUAAAUGCAAAACUGUGCUUAAUCUAGAGUAAGCUGUAUUAAUGAUGACUGUGAAGAUAUUAGAAUAUUAUUUGGAGUGUCAUCAAAGUACAAGUGAGAAACUAGAAGAACAAUGAUGUGCAUUUAUAAACUGUGAAUCUAAAAUAAAUCUUUUGUCUUUACUGGUACAUUUGUACCAUAA